GGCGCGCAACCCAAUAGCAGAAGCGGACUAGGCUGGGCAAGGCUGAGAGGAAAGGGCUGGGAGCCGGGAGGCAGCUUGUCCUCCCGCGAGCCUGCAAGGAUGCUGCAGGGGACUGAGACCAUGGGGAGGUGCUAACUUCCUCUCCAACCCCCCAGCCCGGGAUCCGGGCUGGCAUACCCGGCCCCCCGGGGUAGUUUCCUGCCAAGCUCAACCAAGAAUCCAAAGGCGACUUGGAGGACAUAAAAAGAAAAAGACUGGUUCUGGAGAGGGGCCCCCACCUCCAGAGCCGGUUCCUCGGCAAAGGCGCCGAAGGUAGGAGGAAGGGGAUCAGAUAGUGGAGACUGUACGCCAAAAUCCCAGCCUGCAGACUCGCUCCAGAGCCUCCCUGAAGACCUGGGCUAUCUGCGCCAUCAUCUUCAAUGCCUCUCUGAAAAUCAUUUAGCAAGAGUGAGAGAGAAAGAGAGGAGAGCGCGCACCAGGGAGAGGAGCAAAGAAGAUGAGGAUUAUUUGCAGGCAGAUUGUCUUGUUGUUUUCUGGAUUUUGGGGACUCGCCAUGGGAGCCUUUCCGAGCAGCGUUCAAAUAGGUGGUCUCUUUAUCCGAAACACAGACCAGGAAUACACUGCUUUUCGGCUAGCUAUCUUUCUUCAUAACACCAGCCCCAAUGCAUCCGAAGCCCCUUUCAAUUUGGUUCCUCAUGUGGACAACAUUGAGACUGCCAACAGUUUUGCUGUGACAAAUGCAUUCUGUUCCCAGUAUUCUAGAGGGGUGUUUGCCAUUUUUGGACUCUAUGACAAGAGGUCAGUGCAUACCUUGACCUCCUUCUGCAGUGCUCUGCACAUCUCUCUCAUCACACCAAGCUUCCCCACUGAAGGAGAGAGCCAGUUCGUGCUUCAGCUAAGACCUUCAUUGAGAGGUGCACUCCUGAGCCUCCUGGAUCACUAUGAAUGGAAUUGUUUUGUCUUCCUGUAUGAUACAGACAGGGGGUAUUCAAUACUUCAAGCUAUAAUGGAAAAAGCAGGACAGAAUGGAUGGCAUGUCAGUGCGAUAUGUGUGGAAAAUUUUAACGAUGUCAGCUACAGGCAACUGCUAGAAGAGCUUGACAGAAGACAAGAGAAGAAAUUUGUAAUAGAUUGUGAGAUAGAAAGGCUUCAAAACAUAUUAGAACAAAUUGUGAGUGUUGGGAAGCAUGUCAAAGGCUACCAUUAUAUCAUCGCAAAUUUGGGUUUCAAAGAUAUUUCUCUUGAGAGAUUUAUACAUGGAGGAGCAAAUGUCACUGGAUUCCAGUUAGUAGAUUUUAAUACGCCCAUGGUAACAAAACUAAUGGAUCGCUGGAAGAAACUAGAUCAACGAGAAUAUCCAGGAUCUGAAACACCUCCAAAGUACACUUCUGCUCUCACUUACGAUGGUGUCUUGGUAAUGGCUGAAACUUUCCGAAGUCUCAGGAGACAGAAAAUUGAUAUUUCAAGGAGAGGAAAUGCCGGGGAUUGUCUGGCAAACCCUGCUGCUCCCUGGGGCCAGGGAAUUGACAUGGAGAGAACACUGAAGCAGGUUCGAAUUCAAGGACUGACUGGGAAUGUUCAAUUUGACCACUAUGGACGUAGAGUUAAUUACACAAUGGAUGUGUUUGAAUUAAAAAGCACAGGACCUCGAAAGGUUGGCUAUUGGAAUGAUAUGGAUAAAUUAGUCUUGAUUCAAGAUGCGCCUACUCUUGGCAAUGACACAGCAGCUAUCGAGAACAGAACAGUGGUUGUAACCACAAUUAUGGAAUCCCCCUACGUUAUGUACAAGAAAAAUCAUGAAAUGUUUGAAGGAAAUGACAAGUAUGAAGGCUACUGUGUAGACUUGGCAUCUGAAAUUGCGAAACAUAUCGGUAUCAAAUAUAAAAUUGCCAUUGUCCCUGAUGGAAAAUACGGAGCAAGGGAUGCGGACACCAAAAUUUGGAAUGGGAUGGUAGGAGAGCUUGUGUAUGGGAAAGCAGAGAUUGCUAUUGCACCUCUGACAAUCACCUUGGUUCGAGAGGAGGUCAUCGACUUUUCUAAGCCUUUUAUGAGUUUAGGCAUCUCUAUCAUGAUCAAAAAACCUCAGAAAUCUAAACCAGGAGUGUUUUCCUUCUUGGACCCUCUGGCCUAUGAGAUUUGGAUGUGCAUAGUGUUUGCAUACAUUGGUGUCAGCGUGGUCUUGUUCCUAGUCAGUAGGUUUAGCCCAUAUGAGUGGCACACAGAAGAGCCUGAGGAUGGAAAAGAAGGACCCAGUGACCAACCUCCCAAUGAGUUUGGCAUCUUUAACAGCCUCUGGUUUUCCCUGGGUGCCUUUAUGCAACAAGGAUGUGACAUUUCACCCAGAUCCCUGUCAGGUCGGAUUGUUGGAGGCGUCUGGUGGUUCUUCACACUCAUCAUUAUCUCAUCCUACACUGCUAAUCUGGCUGCAUUCCUGACAGUGGAGAGAAUGGUCUCCCCCAUAGAAAGUGCAGAAGACCUGGCCAAACAAACAGAAAUUGCCUAUGGAACACUUGAUUCGGGAUCAACAAAAGAAUUCUUCAGAAGAUCAAAAAUAGCAGUAUAUGAAAAGAUGUGGACCUACAUGCGAUCCGCAGAGCCGUCUGUGUUCACUAGAACUACAGCUGAGGGCGUGGCCCGUGUCCGCAAGUCCAAGGGCAAAUUUGCCUUCCUCCUGGAGUCCACGAUGAAUGAAUACAUUGAGCAGCGAAAGCCCUGUGACACGAUGAAAGUGGGAGGAAACCUGGAUUCCAAAGGCUAUGGUGUAGCGACGCCCAAGGGUUCCUCAUUAAGACACACAGAAGCAUGCAAAUCCCCCUGGUGAUGUACUUAAAUGUUUCCCACUUCUCUAUAGUAAUACUGGUGUUUACUGUAAGUACCAAUUAUUUUAUAUUCAAAAAUUAGCAUGACAUGUGGUAAACACAUUGAUGUGUCCUGGGGAAAAUGAUGGCAUACUAGGACUCAUAUAUCCAUCCUUCAUCUACCAGAUGUUUGAGCUCUGUAGAAAAAGAUGAAAGUUCCUACAACUAUCAGAAAUUUGAAGUUUUUAACUUAGCCUUUCUAUAAUUAAAAAAAAUGGCUAAAAUAAUAUUUCCUUAAAGAGGAAACAUUCUUCUCCUACAUUCCUGGAUGAUAUACGAUGCAUGACACAUUUUGACUUUUCUUUCCAUUUCAUCCAAAUCCUCAGAUACAUAAUUCUAUAGAUGGUUUCUGGGUUCCAACUGAGAUUUUUUUUUCCAGCUGAUUUGCACAUUUUUACACUAGAGACACAUUGCAGACACCUGAGCACUCAGUAGAAAUCUAAAAAAUUUCUAAAUGUAGUGUUUAUUUCUUUUUACAUUUUUAUCUUUAUACUUAUAAGUUAUAUUUUAGUGACUUUUCUAGGCUGGAAUAGAGAUCUUUAUGGUUAUUUUAGAAAGAUAUAUUCAACAAAAUGAAAUGCCUACAAUAGAAAUUGUAGAGUCAAACCUUUUGUAGCUUUUAAUAAGAAAACCACGACUAGGCACCAUCUCCAAUAUUCAAGGAAAUUUCAAAUGAUUGGGCUUUUCAUGCACUUGUCUCAUAGAUAAUAAUAUCAACCAUAGUAAUGUGUAACUGUGAUCUCAGAACCUGGACAAUGGCAGCAGGAAGACUAAGAGUUCAAAGUCAUUCUCAGACAAAAGGGAGGAUGAGGCUAGCCUGAGACACAUGAGACCCUGUCUGAUAAACAGUCAAUAAUAAUAAACAAACAUGAAUUUUUUAAGCAUGCAGAAUAUCAAAACAAAUGUGUAUUGUCAUUUGAAUCACCUCUUUCUCUCAUGGUGGAUAAACACCAGCUAUGAGUUCAUUCUUACAAGUCUUCACAAUGGGACUGGAAGGAAGCAUUCCCUCAGUGGGUUCUGGAAAGCUUAAAACUAGAAAGGAAAACAAUGUAGGUACUCAAAUAAGAAAGUACCAAACAGCUAGGUGAAGUGAAGCAUAGGAAAAGACCUCCUAACAGAAAAGUAGGUGAAGAAAUACAUGAAGCCAAUAUCUUAGAAGGUAGGCAUAUAAACAGCAUGUACCACUGGGCCUGAACCUGUUAUUUCUGCUUUCUGGUCAAACUGGAUUUGUUAAUCUGGGCAGAAUAUAUAGACAAGUUGCUGUUAUUUAAGUCUUAGCUACAGGACAAACACUAUGCAGCAGAGAAACCUCAGGCUUUCAACAUCCUCAAGUGUACCCGGCCAGAGUGCGUCAGAGUGUUCAGGCAUAAAGUGACAGUACUUUCAACACAGGAAGGGCAAAUGUGGUAUCAUCAUGAAGAGGUAUUAAUAUCAGAGACAAAAAUUUCUGUGUGCAUGGAAUUAGUGUGUGAGAAUAUUAUAUUCUUGCAUAUUGAAAUGCACACAAUUGAGUUGAGUGAAACACAGCCCUGUUUUCAUUUGUCCUUUAAUAUUGAAUUUAUAUGUACAUUCAUAGUCAACUUCUCCAAAUUUUAAAUUUUUCAAUGUAAAAUUUUUUCUUAUUCUCUAUAGCAUAAAUUUUCACAGUGACUACAAAGUAGUUAUUAAAGCCCUUUAGAAAAAAUAACUCUUCAAUGAAGACCACGUGACAGAAAAGUCUCUUGUACAUAGGAUCUCAGUGCAUGGGACUAUGACUUCUAUAGAUUACAAAUCUACUUGGAAUUUAUAAUCAGAAAAUAGCAUUUCUGUUUAAUGUUGAAAACUGUAUUAUGAGUAGCUCUCUGUGCAUCCUCAGAGCACCAACACAGGUCAAACAGUAACUUUUGUGGCACUGUUUGCAGAUAAAUUCUUCAGACAUCUCCCUAAAUGAAAACAUGCAGGAUAGGGCAGCCUACGGUGCUUCAGCUCAAGCUGCUCGGGGACCCAGUUCUUGUAUAGCUCUUACAAAUUUGGAGAUGGAAAAAGAAACCUUCUAGCCAUAGUCCAAUAGAUCCUGCCCCUUAUGGUUCCAGAACAGUCUUACCUGAGAGAAGAGAGACAGAUUGGGGAGAAACUGAAAAGGACAAGAUAGAAUACAGCUAUUAAUACAUGCAAUAAUUAGGAAGAUAAAGAAUGUGCUGCCCAUGUACCAUAUACCAGUUAAAGCUUUGGAGGAAUACCUGGUAAAGUUAACAUUACCACGAGAAGAUGCCUUAAAGCAAUGGUUCUCAACUAAGGCUGUGAUCAUUUAUUAUAGUACCUCAUGUUGUGGUGACCCCCAACAGUAAAAUUAUUUUUGUUUCCACUUCAUAAGGUAACUCUGCUACUGUAAUGAAUCACAAUGAAAAUAUCUAUGUUUCCUAAUGGCUUAGGUGACAUGUGGAAAGGGUCAUUUGAUCCCCAAAAGGGGUCACAGCCACAGGUUGAGAACUGCUGCCUUAGAGUUUAUGUUAUAAAAAUGUAAUCUACUCUUCAAUGUAAAAUUUUCCACCAAAAUGCUCUAAUGUAAUUCUAUGCUGAUGAUAACUUAGAAAACCAGAGGAAAAUAUUGUUUUUUUGCAAACACGAAAAUCUACUUCACCAUCUACUUCACGAGAGUAUGUGAGAAAGUAAUCAUCCACCACUCUGGAUGGGAUCUGUAUUUUGUGUCUUAAGAUAGUAUCAGCCAGUGUGAAACUGGUUUUAUGCUUUUGUAUUUUAAAAGAGGGAAAUAAAAUGGUUUGGAUGUUACAGAACAGUAUAGAAAAUAUUAAUUAUUCUAACUUAGAAUAAUAUUAUGCUUUAAUAUAGAAUUUUAAAAACUGUAGUUCAUUCACUUUAAAGGUUUCUCUUGAGGGUCCAAGACAGACAUCUAGGUGUUGGUUUCAGAAUGAACUACUGGACAUGUGAGGUGACUUUCUUAUAGAUACACAGUAUCACAUACAUAGGAACAUGCAAAUAGAAAGCCAUCUUUCACAUUUCCAGAUGCCUGAGCCUUUGAAAAGCAAGCAAUCUACUGAUUAAAUGAUUUUUAUAAGAGAUGAGUAGGUGAGCAAAUUAUUGAAAUGCUGUGUGUGGUCAUUGUUUAAUCCUUUUCCAUAAUUGAGCAUCAUUCUUUUACAUACAGAGAUUCUCACAAUUUCUGAGAAUCAAAAAUCUAAGAAGAUAUGUACCAAGAAUGAAAUUCACUUCUAAAAAAUUUACAGUACCAUUUCAACAUAAACUUUCACAGCAAAAAAUUCAACAAUAAAGGAAAAUUGAAAGCAUGUAUCAAUCCUUUCCAUUUCAAUCUUGUCUUUCAAAAUCUUCAAUACUAAAGUUUUAAAAAAAGACUUGGUUUGAAAAUCCCACUGACAACAUAAAGCCAUAUGCCAUAUAGCUAUCAUACUGAAAUAAGCCAGAUUCCAUUUAGGCUACUUUUUUUAUUCUGGAUUACUCAAAGAAGAAAUUGAGUACAGAUAAGUUUUUAAAGAAAAUAUUAAAGUGGGAUGUUUUCUUGAGUACUUUUUAGCAGCUAACAGGAAUAAGAGAAAAUUGAAGUUUCAAUCAAAUAAACAAGAUACUAAUAGCUGUACACUUUCAGAGUACAUGAAAGCAUGCAUGGGUUCCUCUUCCAUGGUUCUUCACUGCACAGAAACAGAUAAAAACCCGCCAAGAAUUACUUCCUUCUGGGUCUUUCUCUGAUGCACCAAGAGGCCAUAAUCUGACUGGAGCUAAACAGACAUGUAUUCAGAUAUUUGCAACGAGCACCUUCAAGUAAUUUAGAAAAAUGUUGUCACCAAUCUCACUUUUUUAUUGCUAGAAUUUUAAACAUAAAAGCAAAAUUUUGUAGUAAAAAGCCAUAAGGGAACUUAAUGUAGGUGGCCAAAGACCUAAGACAGAGCCUGCUUUACCUGUGAAGGUAGUCAGGAGAACACAGAAUGCAAAAGGACUUGACCUUACACUGUCUGCCACAGAAAUAGCUACUUUCUAUUUAAUAAUUUGAUAAUGACAAUAUUACACUGGACAAAAAGUAUCUGUUCAUCUAAUACUAAAUUUUCUGUUUAAUUUGCUCACUUUAAAAUGGUGUUUAAAUUUGGCCCAUAUAAAAUUUGGCCCAUAUAAAAUUUGGCCCACACUAAAAAUCAUUGGCUAGUAGUAUCUUUCUAAAGUGAGAUGCUCAGAGUAACAGCAUAAUAUUACUCUUUUCAAAUGUAUAUACUUCUAAUUCUCUUUUGUGGGGAUGAUGCUGCAAAUAAGGGUUAAGUGACUUGCCCAGAGUUUCCCAGCUUAGGUUACAACUGAUGUCUUCUGACUCCUUUCUCCAGUGCUCUUAUGGGAAAGACCUUUUUUUAAUUGUAUUUUUAAGUAUGAAUACAGUUUACUCUGAAAAAUAACAGUAGAUUUUUUAAAUUCUUUCUUUGCCUCAGUUUGCCAAUACUGAUAAAGCUAAAGUAUAUUAAAAAUAUCCAUAUAGGACUCAAGUUUGCGCCUACAUUUAAGUUUUUGUGAAAAAUAGGAUAAAUUCUGAUUUAGGUGAGGAAAGUACACAGAUGUAGAUAAUAAAUUCACCAAAGAAAGACUUUGCCAUGGUUGAAGUUGGUUCUCAAAAAGGUAUAGAAAAUUAACUAAUAAUCUCCAGUAUCUAACUUGUUCAAUCAAAAAAACAAAAAACAAAAACAACAACAAAAAACCCAGCCACUUAGAGAAUUCCAAGUAAUGGGAACCAGUUUCCUCCUGCUUCUAAAUACUUGAAGCAUGCUCUGCCUAUAUAUUUCAGGCUCAGAACUCUCAGGAGUUGUAAGUGAGGGGAAAAGUCAGUUCCCGGUGACAGAAACAGAGAUGAUGGUUUAGAAAUUAAACAAACCACUUCUUUUGCUGUGGUCUGUCAUAUUGUGAAUCAGAAAAGUGUUUUUAAAGGUGUUUCUCAGAUAGAGAUGCCAGUCUUACACACCUCUGUGAAUGGAGAUUGAAAGGAAAUGCUCGCUCCACACUAUUAUGUGCAGUGUUCUGCCUGCUUGUACACCCACAAGCCACACGAGGGCACCAGAUCUUAUUAUAGAUGGCUAUGAGCCACCAUGUGGUUGCUGGUUAUUGAACUCUGGACCUCUGAAAGAGCUGCCAGUGCUCUUAACUGCUGAGCCAUCCCUCCAGCCUCCUGGCUUCACACUUUAGAUAAGGCACAUAUGUGAGAAAAUCCACUGAGAUUCAUAAAAAGUAUAAAUAAUGUGAAAGUACAGGCAGGAUUUACUUGAAUAUUACUGAGAACAAAUUGUAUGUUGUCAUAUGCAGAUAUGACAAAAAUAAUUUCCUCCAUAUAUUGUGAACUUUCAUUGAGAGGAUGAUUUUUAAGGACAACAUAGUAACCUCAGCAAUGUCAACAUCACAGUAACCUUAGCAAUGUCGACACUAUUAAUUUCUCUUUUAUUUUCCUCUUUAUCUCAAGUAGCCACCACUUAGCUCUGAAAUGUAGAUGCUACAUGGUCAGUCUAAUAUUACCCAGACCAGGAAAUAUAUCUACACUUAGUUUCUUUGGUUGAUUUCUGUAUAAUUUCCAAACACAAAAAGUUUGCUUCUAAACUCUAUCAACUA